AUGAAGUGCGUUUUGAGCCGAGCCGAAGAGCUGAAGAGGAAGCUCGAGUUGGACGAGAAGCCGACUGAGCCCCAGGGAGAGCAGGUAUUGCGAAAUUUUUGCCUUUGUGGAUCUCAGCUUUAUUGCAAGAUUUUAAAUAACUUUCUACUCUAAAUUUUUGUAGUAGAGCAGCACAUUCUCGUCAAAAAAAAAAUACCAAAGUAAAAAGUCGUGAUGUCAAAAUGUUUUCUAGGACGCCGGCGUGCUAAUCUUGUUGCAUGACGACGGUUCGGACGACAUCAAAGUUCUGCUGUGUGUCAGAAGCCGACAUUUAAGACGGCAUCCGGGAGAGGUCGGUCACGCUCUAGAAAUUUUUACAGAGUCAUAUACAAUAGUUGAUGUUCCAGGUAUGUUUCCCGGGCGGAAUGAUGGACGCCGAGGACCGGGGCAACGUGCGAAGGGCGGCGAUUCGAGAAGCUUACGAGGUGGUUAAACGGACGAAAAGUGGCCAUUUGAGAUUAUCUUCAUUCGCGGGGGGGGCCUAGCCACAUCCUUUCUCAGCGUGUUACCGCCCGUGCCUCUUGAGAGCGAAAUGAUGUGAAAAGUGGCUGAGAAUGAAGUGUGCGGGGAGAUAGUCGCUUCUUCUGGCGGCGCUGGAAGUGACAAUCAAAAUGACGAGAUCCGCAGGGAAUUUCAAAUCUUGCUAUUCUGGAAGUCGCGUGGAAAAAACAAAAACAAAAUUAUAAUAUCACGUGACCUGGUGCGCAGACGUGAAAAAUCAGUCUUAUUGAAUACUUGUGGGUUACGGUAGAUCUGGCAAAAGCGCAAAACUUCUCAAACUGCUUCAUCUCAUCUGUCACACAAACUUUUGACGUGUAAAGGAAAAAAGUGACGUGGCAUGCAUCUACCCGUACAAUUUACGGCAGAAACUGGUAUAAGUUGACACACAGAGUGACUAAUUUUCGGAUUUGUCGUUUCUUGCAAUAGCACGAAAAACAAACGCAAGUGAGCGAAAAUGCAGAAUGACAUGUUGUGGCCGAGGAAAUCGAACGGUUCAAUGGGGUGAAAAGUGGAAAAUUGAAUUGAGUAAUCGAAGAAGAAGAAGAAGAAGGGACAGAAAGGCAUCGGAUGAGAAUAAGAAUGAGGCAAAAGAGUAGUGUUCGAGCGAAAAAGCGCGGCGGGCGAGGAAACGGAGGCGAGUGCGUACGGCGAGGACAAAUGGGCACGGAGAAGAAGAAGGACACCACCAUACGACCCUUCCACUUUUCGAGGAGGAGAUAUAAUAUUUAUAUUUGCAGGAAGUCGGUGUCAAAGAGGCGGACGAUUAUGUCGUUCUCGGCAAUUUACCCGCUUUCCGAGCCCGCUUCGGAAUUCUCAUACAUCCCACAGUUGCCCUUGUAAAGUUGGUAGACUCUAAAGACAAUUUAACUUUUGUUGAUGCUUUAGGAGAGCCCCUGACAUUCAGCUGAGUGUGGAUGAAGUCGAACGUAUAUUCUGGAUGCCACUAUCAAAGUUUCUAGAAGAAACUCAUCACUCGACCUUCGCAAUUGAUGAUGUCUACAUGGUUCAUGUUUUCCAGGCAUGAUGCUUCGAAAUAAGUUGCCAAUCUCAGAUGUCGUUUUCAGUUCGAAGACGCGCCGGCGACGUACGGAGUGACCGCUCUGAUGUGCAUCGUCGUGGCGAUCGGUGUGCUCGGACGUCUUCCGCAAUUCAAUCUGAUGGCGAACCUCACGAUGAAGGACAUGCUGGAUCGGCACUUGGACAGCCUCGAAAUUAUCCGACAUGUAUAUGAGUUUGCUAGCAAAAAAUUUGAGAAGUCUAAAAUUUGAAUAAAUGUGUGGUUUUUUUUGUUAAACUUUCGAAUUACUGAAAAAAGUGAAGUGUCAGAAGAAAAUUGUCAAAAAACGAGAACAUUAGAGUCUUUGGAAUCAUUUUCCAAGUGCAACGGAACGCGUUUCAUAAGUUCUCUGUCUGUCCUCCGACUAACGGCGAUUUUCGCGGCCCUCAUUUUCGAGCAGCGCGCACCGCGGAACAAUCGACAUUCAGUUGUUUUCCUCGUUAUUCGGCAGAACGAUCUUGCUUUUUUCUUCUUUAUUGUCCACUGUCUGCGCGACCGCAUUGCCGUUGAGAACACAGAAAGAUUAGAAUUUCUACUCUGCCUUGAGCACUCUUGUAGCGAAGCGCUUCUAAGAAAACUUCACAAACACCUUUAAAAACUGUUCUAUCGAAUUACAAUUUAAGGCAAAAUGUUUUCUCAUUUUUCUCUUCAAAUUCUCGUUCGUUUCUUGGAAAUCACACCGGCUUUUUUUGUGAAAAAAAAAGCUUUCAAGGUUACGGUUGCAGUCACCGUGGGCGCUGCGGUUGCGUCGCGGCACUCUCAGUUUGAAAAUUGCUUUAUUUCUCCCAUUGAAAAGCUUUCAUUCAUUUUUUAGCUGAAAACUUGUGAAAAGUUUUCACUGAAAACACGUCUGAAAUGUUCUGUUUCUCGAAGUUCGGUUAAAAUUUUGUCAACUUUCACUAUAAUUUUCUCCCCGUCGUCUCAGUUUUCCGAGUCGCCGCGUUACGCACUUGGCACAUAAAAUUCCAAUUUUUUCGUAGAAUUAUAUGAUUUUCACAUUAUCAAAGUGCUAUCGCUGGCCACUAAUCAUCGAAAUGUGCACUGUUCUCGUCCUCUUAUCUUUAUUGUACUCGUUUUGAUCACAAUACACAUUCACAUUCCGCCGUUGAUCAGAUCUUCUACCUUUAUUUCAAUCUGAACCAGAGUUGAGCGGAAUUCCGUCUUCCGCCUUGCGCUUUCGGCCGCUUUUUUCAUUCCGCCUCCGGUUUCCGCCUUCCGCCAAAAAAAUUUUUAUUCCGCCUCCGCUUUCCGCUUUCCGCUUUUUCAAAACAUCUAUUCCGCUCAACUCUGAUCUGAAUGUUUUCAGCCAGAAAAUGCGUAAACCUUGGUACCCGUUCCGCUUCAUCUCGCCCAGAGAGACCACUGUGGAUGAACACGGACUCGUCACCACGGUAAACAAUUUCCAGUUGUAUUUGCAAAUUCCAAAAAUGAGUUUCCCGGGAUAUUAGAAAUGACUCUUCCAGUGAGAAAUGAAUCGGAGAAAAGCGUCAAAACUUGGUGCAGCUCCGGUCAAAAAAUUUUUCAUUCGGAACCUUAUUUCAUACGAUCAUUAAUUUUCAGACUGUCCAAGCGAAAAUCACCAACGCUGGACAAGUGGAGCCUCUUCUCGUGGUGGAGAGCUGCCGCCCGAGCCAUCUCGAUAGAGUUCAGGACACGAAGAACUCUGUCUUCACGAUCUUCAUGAUGUUCGGAUUAGGUGCGCUCCUUCCGUGGAACAUGUUCCUCAACAUCUCGUUCGACGUACGUCUUAUCAUUCUUAGCGUUCACCUGAGAUGAACAUGUUUCAGUACUACACCAUGUCCAAACUCCGUGACAACAACGGUAGCAGCACUUGGGAAUCGAGAAACUUCCAGCAUGCGAUGACCAUCUCCGCGCAGAUUCCGAAUUUGAUAUUCAGCAUUGCGAGCAUCUUUUUCGCUACCAAAGGCGAUCUGACUGGUCGCAUGAAGAUCUGCCUCGGCGUCGUCCAGGCGGCGGUUCUUUUCACGAUCAUCUGCAUCUACAUUGACACCAGCACUUGUUCGUUUAUUUUACAAACAGAUUUCUUCUGAUAUGAUCAAUUUCCUUUGAAGGGAUCACUGCUUUCUUCGUCGUCACCAACGUCACCAUCAUCGUGCUGAACGCUUCGAAUGGAUUGUUCCAGAACAGUCUUUUCGGACUCGCCUCUCCAUUCCCAUUCAAAUACACGAACGCCAUUCUCAUUGGACAAAAUUUUUGCGGAAUUGCCGUCACCGCGCUCGCGAUGGUCACUAAAGCCAUUUCCGACGACGUUCAGAUGCGAGCCAUGCUCUUCUUCAGCAUCUCUUCCAUCGUCAUCGUCACAUGUUAUGUUCUGCUCAGUGUCGUGAAGAAGUUCAAGUUCUACAAGAAGUACGGAGAGUUGGUCGGUAGUUCGAAUGAUUCCAAGAGUUCCGGAGAAACUAGCACGGUUAUGCAAGAUAUCAGAAAAGCGUUCUCCAAGGUAACCAUUCAUCAAAACCUAAAAAGCUCAACAAUUAUGUUUUCAGAGCAAGAUGCAGUUCGCCAACGUCUUCCUCCUUUUCUUCGUCACCCUCUCACUCUUCCCGAAUAUUUGCAUGUUCGUUCAGGACGAGCAGCCGUAUAGCUUUGUGGUUCCAGGUUUGACAUUAAUCGGCUUUACUGAUUCUAUCAAAAAUGUUCAGAGAAUUACUUCAUGGACGUCACCACCUUCCUGAACUUCAAUCUUUUUGCAUUUCUCGGAAGUCUUGCCGCCAACUGGAUCAGAGUGGUUCGUUUCAAUUAUACGUGGCAGUACCGUAAUCCUAUUUUUCCAGCCGGGACCAAAGACGAUCUGGAUUCUGGUGCUCGCUCGCUUCUGGUUCAUGUUCUACUUCCCGGCCGCUAAUUACCAGCCAGAGAAGCCGCGCGUCUACCCGGUCAUCUUCCAUUCCACGUGGUUCUUUGUCUUCAACGUCUUCGCCCUGGCUUUUUCCUCCGGAUAUCUCUCCUCGCUGAUCAUGAUGUACGCGCCGAGAUCGCACGCCGAGCCGAAGAUCCAAAGAAUGGCCGGAAUGAUCGCCGCCUUCUUCCUUAUCGCCGGCAUCGUCGCUGGACUCGUCUUCUCCCUUCCGAUCCAACUCAUCGUCACCGGAUUCGCCUAA